AAUGUAAAUAGGUGAACAUGCUGAAAUGAUGUGAUAUAAACGUAAAACCACAAAAAAAAUCUUAAUCUCACAUCAAAUGCUUAUGUCAGGAAUUAAAAUUUGUAUAUUUGUUUUUAAAAUAAUAUAUUUGCUUUAUAAAUUUCUUUAUAAAAUGCACUUUGUUAAACAAAAAACUUAAAAUAAAAAUAAAAUAUUAUUAGGUAAGUCAGUUUAACGUACAGAAACAAAAGCAAACUUUAUUAAAGCUAAUUCGAGCGAAGAAAGAUUUGUGAAGUGCUGUGUACUGAUUCCACAAUUUCUUGCGACGAAAACUUUUAUGGCGGGGAAUUAUGAACGUAUUUUUCUUUAACAGCAAAAUAUUUCUAUUUUCGUGCAACUUCUCAUGUCAGUUUAUUUUGUGAGUACAGAGAGUCAAGUAAUACUUAGAAAAAAGCUUUAAAUUAACUUUAAAAGUGCAAGCAAAUAAAAUUAAUUAAGAUUUAAUAAGAGUUUAAAAAUCAAAUGAAAUAACUAUACGUUAAAACGAAACGUGAAAAUGAUAUCAAGAAGAGCUUUUCUAUCGCUACUCUUGCAACGAAAUUCUUAUUCAACAAUAAUAAAUAUCAUAUCAGAGCCUUUAGAUGUAUCAAAUAUUAUUACGAAUGAUAAUAAAUUGAGGUGAAUAAUUGUGAUGACUGUCAUAUUAAUAACUUUAAGUUAUUCAUCAUUUUUUUUACAAAAAAUGUCAUGUAAAAAUCAUUAAUCAUGAGGUAUGAAUAAUUUUAGCACCAAAAAUAAAUGUGCAAAACCAUUCCAUGAGAUUCCUGGACCAAAAGAAUUACCAGGAAUAGGUAAUUCAUGGAGAUUUGCUCCUAUUAUUGGACAACAUAAAAUUGAACAACUUGAUAAAGUCAUGUUACAAUUGCAUGAAGUUUAUGGAAAUAUUGUAAAAGUGAGUGGAUUGAUUGGUCAUCCGGAUCUUCUUUUUGUUUUUGAUGGAGAUGAAAUAAGAAAUACAUUUCGAAGAGAGGAAGUGCUACCUCAUAGGCCAGCGAUGCCAUCUUUACAUCAUUAUAAAGAGGUUUUGCAUAAGGAUUUUUUUGGCGAUUGUCCAGGCGUAAUUGGAGUACAUGGAAAGAAAUGGGACAAUUUCCGAGCACGAGUUCAACAGGUUAUGUUGCAGGCUAACGCAGCAAAAAAAUACAUAUCACCUCUAAACGAAAUUGCAGACGACUUUUUAGAUCAUCUCGAAGUGAUAUUGGACGAAAAAUCAGAACUUCCUGGCAAAUUUCUUCCGGAACUGUAUAAAUGGGCUUUAGAAUCCGUAUGCAGAGUUGCAUUAGAUACACGUUUAGGAUGUUUGUCGCAAAAUUCCAAUCCAGAAUCAAAAAAAAUAAUAGCUGCAAUCAAUACAUUCUUUUGGAGAGUGGCGGAGGUAGAACUACGUUUACCAAUAUGGAGAUUUUACAAAACAAAGAGUUAUAAAGAAUAUACUGGAGCACUCGAUAUUUUUAGGGAUUUGUGUAUGAAGCAUAUUUCUGUAGCUAUGAGAAAAAUUAACAUGGAAAAAGAAGUCAACUUAGAGCAUGUGUCCUUAUUAGAAAAUAUUCUAAAAGAAACCAAAAGUGAAAAAAUUGCAACAGUUCUAGCUUUGGAUUUGAUGCUUGUAGGAGUUGAUACAACAUCCGUUGCAAUAACAUCGAUAAUGUUACAACUGUCUCAAAAUCCAGACAAACAGGAUAAAUUGUACGAGGAAUUGGUAAAAGUGUUACCAGCCUACAAUUCUCAAAUAAAACCGGAAACACUUGAACAUUUGCCAUUUUUAAAAGCUUGUAUAAAAGAAGCUUUAAGAAUGUACCCUGUUGUACUUGGAAACGGAAGGAGCUUACAAUCAGAUGCUACAAUAUGCGGUUAUAAUGUCCCCAAAGGAACUCAUGUAAUUUUCCCACAUUAUGUGCUUUCAAACAAAGAAGAGUAUUUCCCCGAGCCAUAUAGGUUUAUACCAGAGAGAUGGAUGAAAAAUGUUAAAGAAUCACAGAAAGAUAUUCAUCGAUUUAUAAGUCUCCCUUUUGGCUAUGGACGAAGAACGUGUUUAGGCAGAAGAUUUGCCGAAGCGGAAAUGGCAAUUCUCAUCUCUAAGAUAUUCCGCAAAUAUAACGUAAGGUACAAUUAUGGUCCUAUGACAUAUAAAGUGAGCCCAACAUAUAUUCCAAAUAAACCAUUAAAAUUUCAACUUACAAAGCGCGAGUACUAAGCCACUACAUAUACGUAUCAUAUGAAUAUUAUUAAAAACAUUCUUGCACUCCUGUAUCUAACCAUAGCCGUUUCAUUGCUAAAAGCAAAUCUUCAGAAAACGGUUCAGUAUCAUGCAUUCGUUGAACCACAUCAAAAACCAUUUUUGCAUCACACUAAAAAAACAAAAAAUAAAAUGUAUUAGAAGCAGAAGUGAUUAUAAAAUUUGCAUGUCUAUUUUAAUUUUACCUCACGUUCAUUAUUUCCAAAACUGAUGUUUAAGUUCGGCAUUGCUCGUAAAAUAGCAACAAGCGAUUGGAUUGUAUUACUGUAAACAACUGGUCUAUACUGCUUAAAAUCCUCAGAUGUGAAACCACUUUCAUGAAUAAUU